UAGGUCGAAUGGUGCAAUGUCUAUCAUUGCUGUGUUGGACGUCGUCGAGAAUGUCAAGUCCGCAGUAGGUAGCGCCUACGUCGUCGAGCUCAACAACCAUCAAUUACAACCUGUUCCGACGAGUCGGAGACAGACCCUAACCUUUUAGACCAUGGCCCCAAAUUUUUUCUCAAAGCUUGUCAGGCCUACGCCUUCAUCUCCGAGCGGAAGAGAGAAUACGACUGCUUCACCUCGUCCAUCCAUUCCAGCGCGCCCACACUCCCAAUCAUUAUCAUACACUCCUUCAUCUCUUCUAGACCUAGCUAGUGACAACUCAAGCACAAAGGGCAGUGUCAAAAUUGGUAUAAUUCCGCCAUCCCCUCGCUCAGCCCUUUCUGUUUUUCCUGAUUCGACCUCACAAGACCACCCUCAUUCUGACACAUCUCAACACCGACGUGCCCGCUCCCAGGAGAGGAUGGUCGCAGAUAGACAUGCUGUGUCCUUCGCUGCUCGUCCAAUGGCGAGCGACACCUCUUUGUCCUCCGAUGACGUACUUCCAACUCCAACCCCCUCUCGUUCUCGUCCCGAAGAAUGGAAGAAGACCAGCGCAGACAGCUCACCCAGACCCUUCCACCAACUCUCACCUGCAUCAUCCACUGGAAACUUGAAAGCCUUCGUAGACAAGCGUAGCACUACUGUUCCUCCAAACGCCCACAAGGUAGUCGAAAGAGCUCCCUCAAAACAGUCACUGCGCAGUAGAACCCAGCCCCCUGCUCCACUUGAAUUUGAUCACCCCCAGCAUGACAGCUCUCGCCCCGAUACGUCCCGGCGAGCUGGCCGCCACGAGCACAAUGCCGUCAUAAUUGAAAAAGGCCUCGUGGACUCGCCCACCGCAAUAAGCCAUUCCCGAAAAAGCUCCCAUCCACAGGAGCUUUUACCUACCCUCACCGACCCCGACGCUAGAUCAAUCCGCUCCGUUACCAGCUCAGACUCAAAGAAGAAAAAAGGUUGGCGUCGUCCUUCACUCACUACUCCCACUCGUAAACAAUCCGGCAUUGCUUCUGCUAUAGUCGCCUCUGGCCUCGCCAUGACCAAUGCUGGUCCUCAAAUGUCCCCUGUUCCUCCAAUUCCAAUUUCGGCGUCAAAGGUUACCAGUGGAACGGUCAGAUCAAAUGGGUCUGCUCGUUCUGCGGUGCGGCAUGCCGCUUCCUCAUCCAUGACAUCUGUGCCCGGUUCUGUCGAUGCCAGCUCCACCACAAGAUACGUUUCAUCCAGUCGCGAUGACUUUUCAGACGGUCAGACAGACACGUUUGCUUCUAGCGAAGACAGCGAGGCGUCGGACGAUGAACUUGAUAUAAAUGAGGAUAUUCCUGUCACGGGUUUUGCCGUUGCAAGCAGCAAGCGUAAUGCAGAUUUCCACGAGCUGUUUCCUAGUAUCCCCGAAGGCGAUUAUCUCAUCGAAGAUUAUGGAUGCGCAUUGCAGCGUGAAAUUCUCAUUCAAGGGCGGAUAUACAUCUCAGAGAACCAUAUUUGUUUCCACGCCAACAUCUUUGGAUGGAUCACCGACUUGUCAAUCCCAAUAUACGAAAUCACCGCUUUGGAGAAGAAGAUGACGGCAUUCGUCAUUCCCAACGCCAUCCAAAUAACUACCCGACAGGCAAAAUACACCUUCGCCUCGUUCCUCUCCCGUGACACGACGUAUGACGUCAUCGCAAAUAUCUGGCGUCUCGCUCGCCCUGAAGAAGCUUUCACCGAUAGUCACACGGGCUCGUCUGGCAAUAUCGUAUCGCCUGCUAGUACUUCUGAUGUUUCAGGUCCUGUGGUCAUAAGUGGAGGCAAAGAAGUCGCUCCGGUAACCCGCACCAACAAAGUCACGGCCUGCGCAUGCUCGAAAAGUGGAGGGCACCUUAAUGAGAUUGCGCUGGAAACUGUGUUGCCUGGGACCCCCGACAAGAUUUAUAACUUGAUGUUUGCGAGUGGGUUCAUCAAGGAUUUCAUGCGUGUGGAUCAGAAACUCAUGGAUGUUCAGAUAUCGGAUUGGUCACCCACAGGCGAUAACUUGAAGCUUUUGGCGAGGAACAUGUCGUAUAUCAAGCCCCUGAACAAUAGUGUAGGCCCGAAGCAAACAAAAUGCGAGAUCCACGACGAAACAUUGACCUGCGACUUUGAUGACUACGUCGUGAUGCUGACGACGACGAAGACGCCUGACGUGCCCAGCGGAGGCGUGUUCCUUGUGAAGACGAGGACGUGCAUAAUGUGGGCAAGCUCUAUUUCCACGCGGGUCAUCGUCAGCACGCAGGUAGAUUGGACUGGGAGAAGUUUCAUCAAAGGUCUCAUCGAAAAAUCUGCGAUAGAUGGUCAAAAAGUAUACCACUCCGACCUUGACAAGGCCAUGCGGAUGUACAUCCAAGAACACCAAUCUGAAUUCAUCCCUGCAGGGGUAGACCCAACAGCCGUAGCACCCGUCGAGCCUCUCAGCCCCGUCAUGGAGCUUAACAGCGUCAACCUCCUCAGUCGCUCCUUGGGCAUCUCAGACGAAGAAGCCCGUAGAGCGCGCGAACACGAACGGAACAGACGCGGGCUCCAAUGGGCGUACGAUACGUUCGACGGAGCCUACGGCGUUGCGAAGCGCUCUACGUUUGGAGCGCUUGAGCUCGUCAAGGAAGCUUGGGAGCAGAGUUCGUCGAUGACGAUUUUAUAUUUCGUUAUUGUUAUUCUUGUGUUUAGUAAUCUUUGGACGUUGAUGCUUGUGGGGCAGAGGGAGGAGGCGGGGAGGAGGAAGGAGGCGAGGAAGACUGAGGAGAGGGAGAAGUGGGUGCAGGAUGUUGUUACGGGGCUUUGGGAGGAGAUGUCUGUUGGGAGGGCGAGGGGGCCUUCUGGUGGCGUUUUUGGGGCUGGGGUUGGUGGUGGUGGUGGUGGUGGUGGGUCGGGUCCUGUGGGUGGUGAUUGGAGGUCGGAGGUGGAUGCUAUCACUACGACGCUGAAUGCUGUUGAGGAGCGGGUCAGACUCAUACGAGAGAGUCUGGACACGCUGAAUUGACUUAUUGGAGCUCCUCCUAUGUACAUACUAUUAUCUUAUUUUAGGGCACGGGUUAAAUGCUAUCAGAUCGUGAU